AUGCUGUCCUUCUGGGAUGUGGCCAUUGAUUUCUCUCCAGAAGAGUGGGAAUGUCUGGAGCCUGCUCAGUGGAAUCUGUACAGGGACGUGAUGUUGGAGAAUUACAGCAACCUUGCCUUCCUGGGUCUUGCUCUCUCUAAGCCAUUCCUGGUGAUAUUUCUGGAGCAAAGACAAGGACCUUGUGAUGUGAAGAGCCCUGCAGCAGCCACUGUGUACCCAGGAAUAACACCUAAUGAUCCUAACAACUACAGCAAGAACACUGACCAUAAAUCACUCUUUAUUAAACAACAAAGAAUUCAUAUAGUGGAGAAACUCUACAAGUGUGGAGAAUGUGGUAAGGCCCUGAGUUCUCAUAAAGCACUUUUUGCACACCGGAGACUUCACACUGGAGACAAACCCUACGAGUGUGAAGUGUGUCGUAAGGCCUUUAGUACUCGCUCGUCACGUUUUAUACACAUGAAAAAUCAUGCUGACGAAAAGCCCUACAAGUGUGAAGACUGUGGCAAAUCGUUUUACUAUCCUUCAAUGCUCAAGCAACAUCAGAGAAAUCAUUCUAGAGAGAAACCCUACAAAUGUAAAGAAUGUGGAAAAUCCUUUCGCUUUUCUUCAAUCCUCAAGCACCAUCAGAGAAUUCAUACUAGAGAAAAUCCCUCCCGAUAUGAAGAUUGUAACAAAAAAUUUUCCUUUUCUGUACACCUUCACAAGCAGGAACAAAUCUAUACUGGAGAGAAACCCUACAAGUGUGGAGAAUGUUAUAAAGCCUUUCGUUCUCUCUCAGACCUUAGAAUACACAAGAAAGUUCAUAGUGGAGAGAAACCUUACAAGUGUGAAGAGUGUGGAAGAUGUUUUUCCUUAUCUUCCUGCCUUAGAAGACAUCAAAGAAUUCACUCUGCAGACAACCCCUACAAGUGUGAAGAGUGUGAGAGAUAUUUUUCCUCAUCUUCAUCCCUUAGAAGACAUCAAACAUUUCAUUCUGAGGACAAUCCCUAUAAAUGUGAACAAUGUGGGAAAAGGUUUUCAUAUUAUGGAAGUCUUCAGGAACAUCAAACAAUUCACACUGGAGAGAACCCCUACAAGUGUGAAAAUUGUCACAAAGCCUUUCGUUAUCACUCAUCACUUAGGAAACAUAAGACAGUUCAUACUGGAGAGAAACUUUACAAGUGUGAAGAGUGUGGGAGAUGUUAUUUGUCAUCUUCUAACCUUAGAAGACACCAAGUAAUUCACUCUGAAGACAAUCCACACAAGUGUGUGGAAUGUGGCAAAGCCUUUGUUGAUGCUUAUAACCUUACUCAACACAUGUUAGUUCAUACUAGAAAGAAAUCCUACAAGUGUGAAGAGUGUGGGAGAUGUUAUUUGUCACCUUUCAACCUUAGAAGACACCAAGUAAUUCACUCUGAAGACAAUCCACACAAGUGUGUGGAAUGUGGCAAAGCCUUUGUUGAUGCUUAUAACCUUACUCAACACAUGACAGUUCAUACUGGAGAGAAAUCCUACAAGUGUGAAGAGUGUGGGAGAUGUUUUUCCUCAUCUUCCUACUUUAGAAGACACCAAGUAAUUCACUCUGAAGACAAUCCACACAAGUGUGUGGAAUGUGGCAAAGCCUUUGAUAAUGGAUAUAGACUUACUCGACACAUGACAAUUCAUACUGGAGAGAAAUCUUACAAAGUUUUUUAAAAGUUUAUAUUUCUUCAGCCCUUAAAAGGCAUCAAAUAAUUCAUACUGAAUAAAACUCUAUGGCUGUGUGGCGUGUGGUAAAAAUCAUUCCUAAUCCUUCAGACCUCACCCAACUCAAUCCAUAGGGUAGACGAUUAAGUGAAUUUGCCAAA